AUGGUCCUAUUCAAACGCAAACCGGUCCAAUACCUCCCGCGACCAGUUAUCGAAGAUGAUAGUUCCGAGAUCUGGGUUAUCCCAGAGACCAACGAGGUCUUCACGAGCUAUGAGCCGUACCUCCAGCGGAUGGACUUUUAUAAAUCGCGCCGAUUUAUCUGCGAGAUCACUGGUCACUCGGGAAUGAACUUUUUUGAGGCGCUCCGGAGCGAGUUAGAAGAAUCGCGCGAGGUCAAUAAUAGUUUCCCGGAAGCGUUGAAGGAGCCGAUUCUGCGCCGGAUUCAGUUUUCGACGGUCUCCCGGGUUGACAGCUUGGUGGACGAAAUUUAUGAAGAAUUCAAAUCAGACUUCUACCCGGGAGAGCCGGUCCUUAUUCUACUUGAAGACAGCAGCAGACUUCACGGAACGAUUAGAGACAAGGCCAACUUUGCCGAACAGCUAUAUGCGGAUGGCACCAUCAAGACGCCGGCAUAUGCCAGGUACCUUGUUAAGAUUUCGGACCGACCAAACGAAGAGGCCCUGUUGGAUCAGGACCAUAUCACACGUGAUCGGAAGUCAUUCACUAAAUUGAUGCUGCGUGGUUUCAUCAAAAAUAACGUCACCCGAGAGUCGUGGACUGGCGCUCCUUGGCUGGUGAAACCGUCGGUAGCGGAGGAGUAUAAGAUUUCCACAGAGGUCCCCAAGCACCUGCAAUAUGGUGCGAAGGUGGCCGAAAAGAAGGCGAUGAAGAAGGCUGACCAGGAAGGCUUCUUCGGCUUUUUUUCUUCGCAGCAGUUGCCUGAACUGAAGCCUGCAGUGAAGGGAUCGAAGUCGAAGAUCUCCGCACAGGAUUUGGCCAAAUCGCGCGAAGCACAGUACCUUGAAUAUCAGCGAUCGCUGAACGGGAAUCCUUCAUUCCUCUCACCAAGCAACCCCCUUCGGCCAAGCAAGCCGCCGCUGGUCGGCGACAAGAAGAUGGCUCCUCCCUCUGUCGUUAUCAAGAAUGAAUCUCGGCCACCGUCGCCACCCCCGAUCAAAUACCCCAUUGAAGAUCUUGAGCUCGCUCCCAACAAGGAUAAAACUCACCGUCCUACCCUGAAAUUCCUGAUGGUGGGGGAGACAGACGACGAUGGUGCUGAUGACCUGCUACCGGACGAUCUGGAGCCCGAAUCGGUAGGUUUGCUUCUUGAAACUUGGGACACGCUCAAUGUCUACUGUGAGGUGUUCCAGCUGGAUUCGUUCACCUUCGACGACUUCGUUCAGGCCAUGCGCUUUUCAUCCGAGGAAAUGGAAUGUGAACUUUUCGUUGAAAUCCAUUGCGCUCUCCUGAAGAAGCUGGUCAAUUCAGACGACAAUGGCGGUGCUGCCCAGAUUUCUCUCCCGGAUUUCCCAUCUGAAGAAUCGGACGACUCCGAGGACGACUCUGAAGAUGAUGACUCUGGAGAGGAGGAAGACGAAGAGAGCGAAGAGAAAGAAGAAGAGCCUGGGCGUGGAGGGCGAAUGGCCACUCGUGGAAGCUUGGCAAGGAAAGAGGCCGAGAGCUUGAAGGCACAGCUAGAGGAGCCCCAGGAAGAUGAACGGAUUCAUCGUGCCGCCGAGAUGUUCGGCAACUAUAGCUGGAUUGAUCGCCUGCGCCGGCGAGACUUCCGCAACGGUGGGUGGGAAUUGGUAAUGAUCGGCCUGCUGCACCAGCUGUCUGUUCGGCCUCGCCUUGAGAAGACCUGCAAUGACGUUCUCGAGCACCUGGCACCGCUCGAUGAGCCCGCUACCCAGAAGACAGCACAGGUGCAAUACCGCACCCUUGAUGUCAACUUGCGCAUCAAGGCUCUCCAGAUUAUCUGUAUGCUGAGCCUGGAAACUAAGGCCAUCCGGAAUUACAUGGAGGAAUGCAGUGUUCAGAUGACUGAGUUCCGCAAGGUGAAGAUUGAGCACCAGAAGGCUCGCAAGGCAGCCGUCCAAGAACUGCGACAAUUGCACCAGGAGCGAAAGGCACUUCAGCCAGAACCCGAGAAGACCACUGAGAAAUCGCCGACCCCUCUGCCAGAGCUUGACGGGUUGGAUGACUCAAAGAUGACUGGCCUGGAGGGUGAUUCCGAGAUUCCCAUGGAUACAGACGACGAAGACACUCCUCGGCCGCGUGCACUCCGUGGCGGUGCGGAUCGCGCAGCCGAACGCAAGCGGAAGCAAGACGAGGAGCGAGAGCGAAAGGAGCAGCUGGCCAAACAGCCUAAAGGAUCCAAGCAGUAUCAGCGGGUUCUCAAGAAAAUCGACGACCAAAAGGCCAAGAUUGAGAAAAUCGAAGAGAAGAUCGAGACGGUAGAUAACGAAUUGCGAGAGGCCGACUGCCCACGCACGAAGUGCCUGGGAUUGGACCGUUUCUGCAAUCGCUACUGGUGGUUUGAGCGCAAUGCGAUGCCCCACGCAGGGAUGCCGGACAGCUCAACCGCCGAGGCCCGGUAUGCCAAUGGUCGCCUUUGGGUUCAGGGCCCGGAUGACAUGGAGCGUGCAGGCUUUAUCGACCUGACCGACGACCAACGCAAGCAGUAUCAGAAGCAUUUCCACACGACCCCGGCCGAACGCAAGAAGCACGAAGAGGGUCCCACGCAUGUCUCGAAUGCCCGCGAAUGGGGCUACUACGAUGAUCCCGAGGCGAUCGAACAGCUGAUCGAGUGGCUGGAUGGGCGAGGCAACCGGGAGUGCAAAUUGCUCAAGGAACUCCACCUGCAGCGGCAUAUCAUUGUGAAGUACAUGAAGAACCGCCAGGAGUACCUGGCCGAGACCGCCGAGCGGGCCGAGUCGGAGGAGUUGCCCACCAAACGUGUCACUACGCGCAAUAAGACCUACGUGGAUGUCAAUGAUCACCGCCUCCGCUGCCUACGGUGGAGGAACAGCACGUCUCUCAGUGAGAAUGGCCAGCUGCACGUCGAUCCUGAGCGGCCCGCCAAGCGGUACAAGCGGAACACUGAGGAUACGCGAGGAGGCCGAGGAACGCGGGGAAAGACGUUGACCCGACGGGGCUCGCGGCGCGGGGUUUAG